UCAAAGAUCUAGUAGUAAUCAUGGAUUAUUCUCCCUCGGUGUUCUUGAGUUUUAGAAGGGAGGAUACAGGUAGGACUUUUGUGAGCCAUCUCUACCGUUCGUUGGAUCAAAAACGGAUUCCAACUUACAAAGAUGAUCAAAACCAGGAGGCGAGAGACGGGAGGAUAUCACCGGAGGUCGCAAAGGCUAUCAGAGAAUCAAACGUAGCCGUCGUUGUGAUAUCAGAGAACUACGCCUCUUCCGCCUGGUGCUUGAAGGUACUCGCGGAGAUCAUUGAGCACUCAAGGUAUCGGACGAGUGUCAAAGCAGUUUUCUACGAAGUGGAUCCGGUGGAUUGGACUGGAAAAUUCGCCGACGACUUGAGGAGGCAUGAAGAGAGACAAACUCGGGCGACUGUGACUCGCUGGAGGAACGCAUUGGAGCGGUUGCAGAGAUCCGAACCUAAAUUUUGUUCUCAAAACUGGGAGGAUGAUUCAGAGAUGCUCGAUGAUCUAAUCAUCAGCAUUUCUUCUCCUCCGCGUCAAGCUAGCAGCUUCUUGUCCCGCAUCUCUAGAAGAGGACAGGCAGUAGUCCACCUCGAAUCGAGCGAGUUGAGCUUGAUGAGCGAUACCUAUAUGAAGCACAUCCCCCAAAGCCUGUCUAGGUCUGGGGAAGCUGGACUUGAGAGCCAGGACACGUCUUUUACAGACCAUUCUUUGUUGAAUGAAUCGCCUUCUCCCACAUCUGACGACUCCAACGGUCUUGUUGGGAUGCAUCGUCAUAAGAAAACGGUCUAUACAUUGCUGGAUUUGGAAUGUAAGGACAGUGUCCGUACAGUUGGCAUUUGGGGUGAGGGUGGCGUCGGUAAAACAACACUCACAGAGUGUAUUUUCAACGACAUCUCACACCACUUUCAACACCACUGCUUCCUAAGCAAUGUCAAUAACAUCUACCAAAACCACAUCUCACCAAGUUUACUAAAACAUCUUGCAAGCAAAAAGUGUUCCGAUAACAUCUUUGACGCCAUCAAACCAUUUCUUGUAAACCGACACGUCCUGCUUGUAAUUGAUGGUGUUCAUGAUACUAACCAUGAACAACUUAAGGAUGCAAUGAAGGUUUCCCGUUGGCUCGGUCCUGGGAGUAGAGUUAUCAUGAUAUCUUGGGCCGACUAUACGCUUAACUCCUGCGGAGUAAAAUAUAUCUACCACAUGGAGUCUCUGAGAUAUGAGGAAGCUCUUCAACUGUUCUCUCUUUGUGCUUUCAAGAUGCCUUACCCUCCUGUUGGUUUUGAAGGGUUAUCCAUCCGUGCUGUCCACUUUGCUGGACGUCUUCCUCUGGCUCUCAAAGUGCUUGGUUCAUUAUUAUAUGAUAAAAACAAAGAGAGUUGGAACAUAACAUUGCGCAAGCUUGAAGCAUCGCAAGAUAACGGUAGCCGUCAGGUAUCAAACUACAUCGCGGCAGGUGAAUACCUUCCACGACGUCAAAUAGAAUUGGAACAAUAUGUCAGAGCAGAUGAAGAAGAACAUUCAGCUUCAUAUCACAUGUUGCUUUGA